AUGAAGAGAAAAGUUUCUUGUGGUCAACUCUAUUGGGAUAAGAAACAAAAAAACACAGCAACAAUAACGAAUUGUCAUUUAACGGAUUUAAUCAUAAUUACUACUCAUGGUAAUCAAAACAAUGGCGACACUCCAUUAAAUUAUUCGGAAUUAUUAAAAGGAAAGAUUAUGAAAAAAUCAACCUAUGAAGUGAUCAAACAACAACUUGAUAAUUAUUUGAAUAAUAGGUAUCCUAAUUUUGAGCGGUUUGAUAUGGUUAAAGAUUUUAAUUUGAAUGAUGAGGUUAAUUAUUUGAAUCGGAUUGAUGUGGUUAGAGAUUUGGAUUUGAUUACUUCUUUCAUGGAACAUGAAUUAUUUCCCUCUUGUUUUUCGAAUAUUAAUGCAAUUAAUUGUUUGGCUGAAUGGUUGAAUUUGUGGCAAUAUAGAUCGUUUGUAUUGAGAAUUGUUGGAAAAGAUAGUACUUACUUUCAAUAUGCCUUUGAAAAAUGGGAAAAUGAUUUUGAAAUUGUUUUGACAGCCAUCAAACACAAUGGAUCUACACUUCAAUAUGCUAGUAAUGAAUUGAGAAAUAAUUCUGAAAUUGUGAUGGCUGCUAUUAAAGAAAAUAGAUCUGCAUUUCAAUAUGCCAGUAAUGAAUUGAGAUAUGAUAGAGAAUUUAUUAUAAGUGCUCUUAAACAAGAUGCAAACAUUAUUGAUUAUGUACCAGAUGAAUUGAAGAAAAAUCAACAAAUUUUGGAUUUUUGCUCAAUUAUUAAUUGUGAAAUUCCAAUUUAUACCACCAAAAUAGCUCUUCCUUAUCGAAUAGUUACUUACAGAAUUGAGGAACCGAAUACAUGGGUUAAAGAAGCAAACAAUUGCCUUAAUAUUAUCAAUAGUUAUUGUAGAACUUUUGGAAUAUAAUCAUGAAAACGAACCUGAUGGAGAACAAUCAAUUUAUUGAAUAUAUACAUAUGUGUUAAUUCCUCAAGUUCACAACAUACCUUAAAAAAAUACCAAUGUCUAAUCCCAGCGAUUCCUUCGGAAAAAAGAGAAAACUCAAAACCUCUCAUAUGAUUGAAAAAAUCAUCGAUGAAGCAAGCCAAGAAAUUGUCUUAAUACCAACUCAGCAAGCACAGUAUAAACCGCAAUGUUAUACGAUUUACAUGGAAGACGAUAAAUCUGAAAAUGAUUUCUUCCCUACUGAAUGUUCACUCCAUUAAAAGACAUCCAUUCACCUUUCCACAACUAAAGAACUCCUCUGUGGCAGAUAUUUGGAAUUUAAUCAAGACAUUCGCUCCAAAAGAGUAUAUUUAAAGGGAAAUUUAUUGGUUUGAGAGUACAAGAUGGAAAGGUUUUAAGUUUAUCCGAAUUUAAGGCUUUUAUUGAUAAUGUGGAUGAGAGUGAAGAUUUAAUGUUUUUCAUUGUUAAAGAGAGAUUCGAGAAUACAUUCUCUGCCAUAGAAUCAAGAAUUACAUUCCUUAGUGAACAGCAAUUUCUGUAUUAUUAACGCCUUUGCUAAAGAUGCUUCCUUCAACUCGAGUGUAUGGAAGGAAAUGCAGUAACAAAGGAUCAAUUUGAGGCUUCCAAAAGUGAGGAUGAUGAUUCCUUAACCAUCAUUAAGUUCACUUCUCAUUCUCCAAUGAGUUGCCCAUUGCAUUCUAUAAGACACCUGUAAAGUGUUCUACUUUGAUUCCAUAUUUUGCUAAUUACCUCCAUCAAUAUCGAGUGAAAAAUAUUAAGGGAACUCUACAAUAAUUGAAACACAUGUAAUUGAUGGCUACGGCCAUAUCACGAUCUUGCUCCAUCCAUCUUGGUCUUCACACAUCAUGAAUACAUUGCAUUGUAAGCAACAUUUUUAUUCUAUUAUUAAAUUGUAACUUUCC